UCUCUCUCUGGAGACUUUGCUUUUGCUUUUGCUUUUGCUUUUUCUAUUUCUUUGUGGGUUCUCUGGUUUCUUGCGCCUUGGGACGGUUUGAGAAGUCCGAUCAUGGCGGCCGACGUGAGUUCUUUGGUACGGAUAUUGAGCGGUUACAAGGAAGAACAGAUGAAGAGCAGCGAAGGAAGUGGUGGGAAGCCGAAGGUGUUGAUUACCAGGGAUUUGCUUGGUGGAUGUUCUUCGAAGCUUGGUUCCACUGAAUUGGAUCUCGAUUUGCAGGUCCCUAAUGGCUGGGAAAAACGUCUUGAUUUGAAGUCAGGAAAAAUUUACCUUCAGAGAUGCAACUCACCCAACUCAUCAUCGUCGUCUGAAUAUAAGCAUCAGCAACAGAAUCGAACAGUUCCAGGUCUUCAAGACUUGAAUUUCCCUCCAUCAUCAACGUCUUCGACUGCCAAUCACUUCCCUCCAUCAUCAACUUCAAAUCUACUCGAAGACACAUCUUUGGAUCUGAAGCUUAACCCUGCUUACGAUUACCAGAGCGUCUGCACUCUCGACAAGGUAAAAUCCGCGCUUGAAAGAGCAGAGAAAGAAUCCGUUAAGAAACGCUCCCGCUCCACUGAUGGCUCCUCAUCGUCUCCUGUUCGUUGUUCUCUAUCAUCCCCAUCGAUCAGAGACGAGGACGAAACCGAUGAUGAGAAACGAUUAUUCGCCGCUGGAUGCCCAGGUUGCCUGCUUUACGUUCUGAUUUCUAAGAGGAACCCGAAAUGCCCGCGCUGCGAUUCCGUCGUUCCUUCGCCAGUUCUGAAGAAACCCAGAAUCGAUCUCAACGCUGCUGCAUAAAAAAAGAUUAAAUGACAGAAUCACAAAACAGAUGAAGAUAUCAUAGAUACAAUUAGGAUUUAUUUUUCCUUUUUUUGUUAAUUAUUAAAAUUCUGUUUUCAUUUUGUAAAUGAAGGAAUAGAUCAUAAAUGGGUUAAAAUUAGGAACGAGAAAAGUCUGAUUUUGAUACAUUUCAAACAGAUAGUCAUGAUUUUAUUGGUCAACCUGAUUAAUGUAUCAUGUGCAUCAAUUAAUGGGUCAUAGGAUUAUUUUAUAAUCUAUCUGACGGUCAGAUUUUCUCUGCUGUUCUCGUUAUUUA